AGGACCGGUUUCGGAUCCUGGAUCGAAUUCUGGAGAGCUGGAGCUUGGAUCCUCUGAUCCACAAGCUAUGGAUGCGGAGAAGCCUGUUUAACUGAUGUGCCUGUGAUGGAGAUCUCUCUUGAAGCUGACACAAAACCUGAAGUCAAUGUCUUGACGACACCUAGAAUAGCAGGUUUGGUGGUCUGUCUCACGAUUUUGUCUGAUUAAUUAUAAUUUCUAAUGUUUGUGUGGAUUUAAGUGAAGUGGUGACGGAUGGUGAGAAGUCGAAGGCGGGGAAGAAGCGAGCUAAGGCUCCAUGGACAAAGCUACUUUCUCAGUAUUCUCAGAACCCACAUCGUAUCAUUAGGGGCCAUGUAUUCAAUGUUAGAGGUCGAGGAUGUGAUUUAUCUAUCAAAAUCAAUCUGUGCCCAGCACCCUGUGUGAAAUCAAGCAGUCUGAUGUAAGGACAUCUUAUUUGCCCCUUUUUUUUUAUCUCAGUUUCUUUAAGGUACAAAAGCCUUUUUCUUACGUAAUUAUUGUGCAUCAUGGAGGUCCAUCGGUUGCAACUCUGGAGAUAUAGGUAUGUCUCACCACCUUCUCUUCUCUGUUAAAUAGAACUUUUUUUUUGUGCAACUCUGUUAAAUAAAACUAUAUAUGAUAAGAUUGUCCGAAACAUUUAGCCACCCAAACUUUACAUAUUGCAGGUUUAGAAAAAGAUGAUGAGAUUCAUGUAGAAAUCCUUACCUCCGUCACUACCAACCACCAAGGUCAGCAAUUCAAAAAAAUAAAACUGGCACCUUCCUCAAUUGAAAAAUUCCUAGCCAGACAAAUCAAAUUUUGAAACAGGAAGGACGUGUUGAUCACAAAUUCUCAGACGGACAGCUCAAAGCUCGAAGAGAAGAAAGCUUUUAUAUUUACUUCAUUAACGAACACAAAACAUGGUCCAAUUUAUUAGUGCAUUUUCAAUCUAUGUAAUUUUAUAACAUCAGUUUUUUUCUUUAAAAUAUAAAUUUAGUAAAAAAAACUAAAAAUAUAGUUCACCAUAUACAAAAGGUUAAAAAUAUAAAAAGAAAAUUCAUAAAUGCAAACAAAAAUUAAGAUUUUAGUUUUUCACACCACAUAAAAACCAACAAAAAUAGAAAAUAAUAAACUGAAUUUUAUAAAAUAAAAAUGUGGCUUAUCAAAUUAAAAACUGAAGGAAAUGAUAAAUAAUCAGAUCAAAUUAAAAACUUAGUCUACGACCACGCGCAAGCGAGAGGGUUCUGCCCCUAGUUAGAUCAAUAUUACAUUUAUCUAAUUAUAUUUUAAUUUAUGUUUACCAAUUGAAUAUAUCUGGGGUUCUGGAUAUUAUGAUGAAAAGUUCUUAAAUUUGAACUCUUCGACACUCUCUCUCAUGUCUUUCACUAUCUUUUUUAAAUACUAGAAACUCAUUGAGAAAAGCAAUGGAUGGGCUCUGAAUUGCAUAAAUUACUCCCACCAAUCUGCUCCGUAGAAAAUUAAAUUAGACACUUUCCCAAAAAAAUUUGUAGCCUGCCUAAAUUUUCUCAUUGCCGCUUCCAUCAAAUAGUCUAAAAAACGAUUGGUCAGAGUCUAAUCCAUAACUGUAUAAAUCGAAACAUUAUCCUCAUCAAUCUCACAACAAUAACAAUUCAAAUUCACACAUGAUUAACAGCAACAAAAUGUCUACAAAAUUUAUCCUUCUACCUUUUCUUCUCCUAAUCAUGUUUGUCACUUCAUCUCAAGCAAGUCGUCAACUAUGGGAUAGUGAAUUCCACGAUUUUUUCUCCAAAUCCGGGUUCCAUGGGAUUAAUAAGGUUCACGGGAUUCAAGGGUUUCAUCAUGGGACUCAUGGGAUUCCUAAGUUUCCCGGAACUGGAAAUUUUAUGAGUGGCGUACAUACAUGCAGCAUGCAAGGACCUUGUAAAGGUAAGAAGUUGAAGUGUCCUGAGACGUGCUACAAAUCAACCAACGUUAACAAGGAAGGUUAUAAAAGCACUAGCAAGAGCGGAGGAUGUUCAUUUGACUGUACGACCAAGUGUAGCGCCACUUGUUCAUCAUAACUGAAACAUAUACAUGUUCUAGCUUAUGUUAUGUUAUCUUAUAGUCUAUAUAUAUAUAAAUCUGUGUUCAUUUGACUGUACGACCAAGUGUAUAUGACUCUGUUUAAAACAGCAUUUGUAUUGGAGACUUUGUUUCUCUUUUGUACGUAUUACUUUUGAUUAGUAUCUUUCUAUCAUUCUCUAUGUACAUAAUAUGGUUAUGAGUUAUGAAUAAAACAAAAUUUUGUGUUUCUCAA